AAUCCCGGCCGAGCUGGCGUUCCCCUACCCCUGGCUCAUCCCAUCUUCUAUAAAGCGCGUUCCUGCCCCGCACACGCACGCGCGAGCCCUGCAAUUUCUCCAUCUGGCCGGUGGCGGACUGUACCAAGUAAACCCGGACAGCGAGGGGCAAAGCCCGGAACCCCCUGCGCUGGCCUCACGAUGGCCCGACUCGGAUAGCCCCUCUUCACACUGUGCGCCAGGAAUGGUCCAUCUCGGCGCGCAAGCGCCCUAGGCUCUUCACGCCCCUCGCGCUCCUUCCCAUCCUACUCGCAGCGCAGGCGCCAAGCCCAGGCGUGCAGCCACCGCCGCCGCCGCCGCCGCCGCGCCGGAGCGGGGGCCGCCCUAGCCGCAUCCCUCUACCGGCUGGCACCCUGCAUUAGAGAACUUGUGGCCCAGGUGUAGCUGCGGAGAGCUGGCCGGGGAGAGACGCUGCCUAGCUUCCGCUCUGCUCCCGUCUCCUCCUCUGGCCAUGACAGAGACUCGUGAGCCAGCUGAAACGGGAGGCUAUGCCAGCUUGGAAGAAGAUGAUGAGGACCUCUCUCCAGGCCCUGAGCAUUCCUCUAAUUCCGAAUACACACACUCAGAGCCGGACUCCGAAGAGGAAGAAGAUGAGGAGGAGGAGGAAGAGGAGACCACUGACGACCCCGAAUAUGACCCUGGCUACAAAGUGAAGCAGCGCCUGGGUGGGGGCCGUGGGGGCCCAUCCCGCCGGGCUCCCCGUGCAGCCCAGCCCCCGGACCCCCCAGCCCAGCCCUGCCAGCUCUGUGGCCGCUCAUCCCUCGGGGAGGCCCCACCGGGCACUCCGCCUUGCCGGCUCUGCCGUCCCACUGCAGCCCCCCAGGAAGCACCAGCUCCCGAAGUCAGGGUGCUUGGGGAGGGAGAGGGAGAGCCACCUCGGGCUGGGGAGGGCCAGGGCCAACCCGCUGGGCAGGAGGAGGAGCAGGACGAGGACGAGGAGGGCACCUACCACUGCACGGAGUGCGAGGAUUCCUUCGACAGCCUUGGGGAGCUGCAUGGGCACUUCAUGCUGCAUGCCCGGGAAGCUUGGCAACUAAGAACCUUCGAGAAUAGAACCGGAAUUUCCACAAUGACCAUCAAGUCAUCGCUCACAGUGGACCAGGCCCUGGGCUAAGCGCAAAGCUCCUCGAAUCUGCUGUUCUAUGUGAAAACAACCAUACACAAUAUGUAAAUGAACAAGCAUGACUGUGUUC